AUGGGUGAACCAGAUAUUUUUAAGAAUACCCCAACGGUGGAUGAAGAGGAGCCACAACGAGAUGUCUCUGGCGACAUCAUCGAAGACGGCCUUCGCCGAGGAUUGAAAGGAAGGCAAUUCAUGAUUAUCGCUCUGGGAAGCAUCAUCGGACCCGGUUGUUUCUACGGAUUAGGAUUGGGCUUCUACGAGUCCGGUCCUCUGGGUGUUUUAAUCGGCUUUGUGGUCACAGGUAUUUCCAUGUGGUUUCUCAUGCAAAGUGUGGGAGAAGUAGCCACUCUUUUCCCUGUGCAUGGAGGCUUUGUCGAGCACUGCGGUCGGUUCGUGGACCCGGCUCUCAGUUUUGCCAUGUCAUGGAUGUAUUAUUUCAUGUGGAGCGUAUUCCUGGCCGCAGACUGGAAUAACGCCGCCGUUAUUCUUCAGUACUGGGUUCCCACCACCCAAGUCCCGGUUUGGGCAUGGUAUAUCAUUUUCUGGUUUGUCUUUUCGAUAAUAACGACUCUUGGAGUUGGCUUCUAUGGGGAAAUCGAGUACUACUUUGGAAUGUUCAAAUUUCUGUCUUUGGUCGUCCUCUUUUUCAUCUCCAUUUUGGCCAACGUGGGAGCGUUUGGAAAUGGAUAUGUAGGGUUCCGCUACUGGACAGAACCGUAUGGCCCUAUCAGGAAUGGAAUCAAUGGAUUCGGCCAGGUCUUUACCCUGGCGGCAGCCUUCUACGUUGGGACAGAGAUCGUAUCCGUCGCCGCUGGAGAAUCCAAAAAUCCAAGGCGCGACGUCCCUCGGGCAACCAAUUCCAUUGUAUAUCGCAUCUUGUUCGUUUUCAUCGGCAUGUCUUUCUUCCAGGGCCUCAUUUGUCCGUCAAAUUCCGACGAAUUGGUAAACGCUACCUCAAACACUGCCUCGUCGCCUUUUACCAUCGGAUUUGUUCUUGCCGGGUGGAAAUCUGCUGGCCACUUUGUGAAUGCUCUGAUUCUCGUCGCAUUCAUCUCUGCUGCAAAUGGGGUGGUCUACAUACAGUCUCGAACACUUUACUCACUGGCUUUGAAGAAAAAAGCUCCCAAGUUCUUUGCAGUCGCGAGCUCUAGAGGCGUCCCCUACCGGGCAAUCCUCUUCUCUAACCUCUGGGGGUUCCUCUCUCUCAUGUCCCUGCAAACCAGCAGCGGUGCAAUCUUCACCUACUUCACCGACUUCGGCGGAACUGCAGCAUACAUCGCCUGGGCGGCCAUCACCUUCGUCCAACUCCGCAUCCGAGCAGCCGCCCGCCUUCAAAGCAUCGACCGCAAAACAUUUCCCUUCACCGCACUGGGCGGGUCGUGGGUCUACUGGCUGAACUUUUUGUUUAAUAUUUUCAUUUUGCUGAUUCAGGGAUAUACGUCUUUUGAGACGCCAUUUAAUUAUAAGACGUUUAUUGCAUGCUAUAUCAGUAUUCCGGCGUUCUUUGGAUUGUUCUUUGGGUAUAAAUGGUGGUUUAAAACCAAGUGGGUUCGCCUAGACGAAAUCGACUUCUCUGACAGAAGAGUGUGGUAUGACGAGGACAAGAGCGAACGAGAUACUCGUUCCUGGAGUAGAAAGGUUUUGGACGUCUUGAAAAGUUAA